AUGGAUCACACGGUGGAUGGCGCCAUGAGCGCCGUCUUGCUGAGCCUUCUCGGUGGCGUCACCGCCAAGUCGGGGAAGGGCGCGGCAGCGGCAGACGACAAGGUGGAGUGGCUCCGGUCGCAGCUCAUCGGCAAGGACGUGGAGUUCGACACGCCGUUCGGGAGGCGCGCACUGACGUACGCCGACCAGACGGCGUCCGGCCGGAGCCUGAGCUACAUCGAGGACUACCUUGUCAAGGAGGUCCUCCCGUUCUACGGCAACACGCACACGGAGGACAGCCAUGUCGGGAGCAAGACGACACGCCUGGUGCACAAGGCUACUCGCUACAUCAAGCGCUGCAUGGGCGCCGGCGCCGGAGACGCUUUGCUCUUCUGCGGCUCCGGCACGACGGCGGCCAUCAAGCGCCUGCAGGAGGUAAUCGGCGUGGCGUUGCCGUCGGUUGAGCUGCGCAACCGGCUCUUGGCGCAGCUGCGCCCCGAGGAGCGCUGGGUGGUCUUCGUCGGGCCGUACGAGCACCACUCCAACCUUCUGUCAUGGCGGCAGAGCCUGGCGGAGGUGGUGGAGAUCGGCGUAGAUGCGGACGGUCUCGUCGACCUUGCGGCGCUCCGCCGCGCGCUAGGCUCGCCGGAGUACUUGGAUCGGCCCAUGCUGGGGUCGUUUUCGGCGUGCAGCAACGUCACCGGCAUCAUGACGGACACACGCGAGAUCGCCCGCAUCCUGCACCAGCACGGCGCGUUUGCGUGCUUUGACUUCGCCGCAAGUGCCCCCUAUGUUAAGAUCGACAUGAAGACGGGUGAACUCGACGGCUAUGACGCCGUUUUCUUGAGCCCUCACAAGUUUGUUGGUGGCCCUGGUACACCAGGCAUCCUGAUGAUGAACAAAUCACUAUACAGGCUCAAUUCCCAGCCUCCCUCGACAUGCGGAGGCGGCACUGUGGCCUAUGUCAAUGGCUUCAAUGAGGAGGAUACACUGUACUACGAUGAUAUUGAGGAGCGGGAGGAUGCCGGCACACCACCAAUACUGCAAAAGAUCCGUACAUCGCUUGCAUUUUGGGUGAAGGAGUAUGUUGGGUAUGACACGAUGGGCCUUCACGAGAGAGUGUACUCAGAAAUGGCAAUGAAAAGGCUCGUCAACAAUCCAAAUGUUAGGGUGCUUGGAAACACAAGUGCAGACCGUCUGCCAAUCUUCUCGUUUCUAAUCUACCCGUCUGUGAAGGAAAAGCUAUUUGAUGGUUUUGGCGAGACUGGCUGUCAUGAACAGUUUGAGAAUGUCAGGCGCAAGCAACUACCCCUCCACGGUCGUUUCGUGACUAGGCUUUUGAACGAUCUUUUCGGCAUCCAGGCAAGGGGAGGUUGUGCUUGCGCAGGCCCUUAUGGUCACAUCUUGCUCGAUGUCGACAAUGAAACCUCGCUUCGCAUUCGGUCUGCUAUCCUUGAGGGGUAUAGUGGACUGAAGCCAGGAUGGACCAGGUUGAGCUUUACAUACUACCUCUCCACAGAGGAGUUCAAAUUCAUUCUCUCCGCAAUCGAGUUCAUAGCGGAAUUCGGCCACCGCUUCCUCCCGCUGUACCGAUUCGACUGGAUCACCGGCAAUUGGACAUUUCGGAAACAGGCAAUCAAGUACCACAUCAUGAGGGAAGAAUUGUCUCUUGGGACAGAACCAUUGCAUAACCAAUAUGACCAGCCGAAGCUUGCAAAUAAGAUUGGCAAGCCUGAUGUCAAACAUAAUAAGUUUGAGGGCUACUUAGAGAGUGCUAAGAAAGUUGCACUCUCCUUGCCUGAUAUCAGCAAUCAGAUUGUCAGCGUUCCAAAAGGAGUGGAUCCUGACUUGGUUCUUUUCCAUAUAUAA